AUGUCACAAGCAUCCUUUUCCUGUGAUAAAUACCGCAUCCGACCGGCGACAUACUCUGAUGUGCCUGCUGUCACUCGAUUAUACGCCUCGUCGUUCGGCAAUGAGCCAUUGAUCGACUUUUUCUUCCCUUCACGAAAACAAAAACCAGAAUCCUUCUAUACGUGGGCUUACCGCAGAAAUCUAUACCGUUACUGGACACUGGGCUAUUCGCUUAAAGUGGUUGUUGACGCGCAUAAUCACCCAGUUGGUUUCUCCUGGUGGAAGCGACCAACGGUGUCGUACUCUUUUCUCGAAAAAAUAACUACACUCUUAUAUGGAUAUGAGAUUAAGAAUAUGGCAACAUUCGAGCGUACUCUCUCUACUGUUGAGUCACAGGUUCUUGAUACUCCAGAGAGACAAGAAGGUCAAUAUCUGGCGUUGCUUGCUAUCGAUCCUGUUCUUCAAGGCCAGGGACUUGGGCAAAUGCUGCUGGAGCACGACUUGCAAAGUGUAGAUAAGCAAGGCUCGGUCGCCUGGCUUGUCAGUCUAGCUGGCCUUGAAAGCUUUUACUGCAAAUUCGGGUUUAGGCAAACUGUCAAGAUCGAUAUGGAAGAGUUGGAAGGUUGGAAGGGCGGCAUGGUGAUGUUGCGGGAUUAG